AUGUGUCAGGGUAAUCUUCAAGUCUCCACCUCAUGUGGCCACCAUCAAAAAGCCCACCCCCUCCAGCAUUGCAAGUCCUAUUCUCACACGCGAAAUCGCUGUGACGGCACCGUCUCUAUUUUCCAUACGACCACAAUCAACGCCGCCCCCACCCUCUGCGUGCGCUGCGCCUCUCGCAUCGAAGCGAACAUAGUCCGAGAGCUGGACCAAAUUACCACGGAACUAGAAACAAAUAUCGCAGAGAUCAACCACGGUUUGUGGGUGGAGAGAAAUCGUCCCUUUACUUAUGUCGCACUAAUUUUCGAGCGAGCGAGGCUGAGGGAGGCGUUGAAGGGCUUCCAGGAGGAGAUGGAGGAGGAAUUGGUCGAGUUGAGAGAAACGCAUGGUAUGGGUCGGUGGGAUCGAAGCAGCAAGGCCAAACAUGAAAGCAGUAGUACGCCUAGUGGUACGCCGACUCCCGCUCCGAUUGCCGCUGAUCGAUUAGAUGACGAUGCAGGCUUAGAAGAUGAAGUGGUCGAUGAGCUUGCCGAUUUCGAAGCCGUUGCAGGUUUCGAGGAGGUGAAUGCGGUGGCUGAUGUGGAGGCAGCUGGAGUGGAUGAAGUUGCAGUCGACGCAUUGUUUACCUGGGCUACUCCGAAAAAGCUUCCGAUGCCAGCGGCAUUCAUGGUGAAGUCAGAGGUAUCGCAACAGCCAGCCGCAGCCUGCGAGCUGCCUUCCACCGCUCCACAGCACCAAGUUAUCGUAUAA